AUGGCCGCUCGCAUCGAAAUUCCUGGUGACGCCAUCGUCGAAUUCUGCCGCCGGAACCAUAUUAGAAGGCUGGCAUUGUUCGGCUCCGUCAUUCGCGACGAUUUCACUCCGCAGAGCGACAUUGAUGUGCUGGUGGAGUUUGAACCGGGUUGCACACCAGGAUUUGCAUUUUUCGAUAUGCGGCGCGAAUUGAUCGACAUGCUGGGGCGCGAAGUCGACCUGAAAACGGCGGCGGCGCUGAGUCCCUACUUCCGCCAGGAGGUGCUCGACGAAGCCGAGGAGAUCUAUGUCGCGUCGUGA